UCCCUUUUUAUUCGCUCCCAAACAUUUAUUUUAUGUUUCUUGAUACUGCCUACGGCGCGUGGCGCCGAUUUUCUGAUUCAUUGUAAACUUGUUUUGGCCACCAUAGCUGAUCAUUAUUCCGUGUCAAUUUAAUUAAACUUCGUGGUUUUUUCCCCCCAAUUCUGCGCAAUCCACUGUCACCUCAAACAUUUUUCGUACUGUCCUUUUAGAAUUUAGGGCCUUGACGUUUGCGUCUGAAACGGAGGACGCGCACGAACGAGAAUAACUCUUUAGUCUUUACUUUUUGGGAGUUGUUAAACAGAGGAGAGCGUGAAGUUUUACAUCCAGAUUCGAAUGGAUUCUUAUGUGGAGAAGAAACAUAGGAAUUUAUACAAAUGGAAAGUAAUGGGUGUAUGAUAUCUCCUCCUUACUCGUAUAUUCCUCUUCUGCUUGACUGCCUAUAUUAAACUUGGGCUAAAUGAGAGGAGGCCUGUUGGAAGAGUUAAUGCAUGAUAUGCUGCCUUCUGAGUUUACUCUGUCCGAGGUUAGCAGAUUGUUACGUCGGAUUGGGACCUGUGGGAAAUGAUGCAUAAAAGUUAAGGUGUAUCCGCUGAAAACUGUCAUUGGUCUAUCUGCCGGGAUCGGGAAAUCUCACUGCAUUGUUCGAUUGUGAUGGCAAGUUUGACUAGUAAAUUAUCGCAAUUGUAAAUCUAUCAACUCAUAACAAUCUUAGACUAUCUAUCUCACAACCUGACAUUGAUUCAUUCUUAAAUUUUGUUCAGCAAGGCUGUUAUCUGCUUUCAAUUUUCGUACCCGAUAACAUCGUGUUAAUUGAGUGAGAACUUGUUUUUGUGUAGAAGUUUAUUUGAAGAGCUAAGCUGUUAUAAUACGCGACAUUUUGUUUAUGUACUAAUGAAUUAAUGUUAAUGUAGUGAUGUAGUUUAUGGAGCAAUGUGGGAUGCAUAAGUAAACUAUGUGCAGAGAAGGCGCUGCAACCUUGUUUUAGUUUACCGUCCAAGAAUUAUAUUCUCUGACUAAAUUUGAGGCCUUCUCUUGACGUACAUGAUAAUUAGGGUUGGAUAAUGAUUCAAGUUCUCCGAUUCUGGCUUUACCUCUCAUUUUCUGUGCCGUGUAAAGAAACAUGGGCGUCGAAGCCCAAAACAGUAAAGAACGGCUAAGAACAAUUUGGACGCCUGAAAUGGAUCGGUAUUUCAUUGGUCUGAUGUUAGAGCAGGUUGGCAAAGGAAAUAAAUUGGAUGAUCAUCUGUUCAGCAAAAGAGCAUGGAAGCACAUGUCCGCAAUGUUCAAUGCAAAGUUCAAAUCUCAGUAUGAAAAAGACGUUCUAAAAAAUCGCCACAAAACAUUAAGGAAUUUGUAUAGGACCGUUACAAAGCUUCUUGCCCAGACGGGGUUUAGCUGGGACGAAAAGCGAAAAAUGGUGACCGCUGAUAAUAAUGUUUGGGAUGAAUACAUCAAAGUACAUCCGGAUGCCCGAUCUUAUAGAAUAAAAAGCAUUCCCUACUUUAGUGACUUGUGUACUAUUUAUGGACGCGCACUGACUGCAGAAAAAGGUGAUGAUGGAGCCACCAUGGCCAUACAAUCUAACAGUGUCGGUGAGGAUACUGGUGAGGUUUUCCAAGAUACAAAGGUUGCAGAAAACCUUGGAGUUUCUAUACCGGAAAAUGCAAACGAUGAUUUUGAGCUAAGUUUGUCAAAGGCUUGUACCCGUUCUCGCACUUAUUGGCAGCCACCAAUGGACCAUUAUCUUAUUAACUUGAUGCUUGCCCAUGUGCACAAAGGAAACCGGGUUGAUGGUGCAUUCAGCAAGCAAGCAUGGAUGGAGAUGAUUUCAUCAUUCAAUGAAAAUUUUGGCUUUGACCAUAGUGUAGAGAUUCUUAAAAAUCGAUACAAAACUCUGAGAAGGCAGUAUAAUGUUAUUAAAAGUCUACUUCAUUUGGAUGGGUUUGUCUGGGAUGAUGCACGGCAGAUGGUUACUGCUGAUGAUUAUCUCUGGCAAGAUUACAUCAAGGUGCAUCCUGAUGCGCGGCAGUUUAUGACCCGACCUGUGCCAUAUUUUAAGGAUUUGUGUGUGAUAUAUGACCCCACUUUUGAUGAAAAGGAAUCUCCGCGUCAAGAUUUGGAUCCGCAAAAUUCAGUUGCAGAUGUGAGUAUGGAGCCAUCUGAAAUUGGUCUAUCUCCAGCAGCAUCUAAUUAUAUUGAAUACCAUGAUGGUAAUGUGAGUGACUUAACACAUACUAGUGAGAAACAUAAGCGCCAAUUAGAGAUCGAUUCCACUUGCCCCAAAAGAUUAAGGGACGUUGAAGUAGGCAUGGCUAGCACUCUCCAGGAGAUGGCAACUACUGUUUCUUCUCUGUCAACAAAAAAGAGUGAUGAUAACUCAGUACCGAUAGAGAUUGUGAUAGAAGCAGUACAAGCAUUGCCUGAUAUGGAUGAAGAUCUGGUUUUGGAUGCCUGCGAUUUUCUGGAGGAUGAAAAAAAAGCAAGAACUUUUCUAGCGCUGGAUGUUAAGCUGCGAAAGAAUUGGUUGCUUCGGAAACUUCGGACGUAAGCUUAGCUCGUGGCCCCAUACCUUUCAUCUCUUCUUUCAAGCACUUGACAGUUAGCAUUGUUCUGUUAUCCAUGCCCUUUCUUAACAGGCUUAGCUUAUACCUUGAGUGAUACCCAUAUUUGUGGGGUAAAAUUGGAGCUAAGAUUAGCUCGUAUGUUCAUAGAAGGGUUCAGAAAGUCCUUGCAUUAUUAACCUAGUAUUUGUCAGGGUUUAUGUGUUUCUGAAAUAAUGUCGUAAUCAUUAUUAUUACUAUUAUUAUUAAUCUCGUACAACUGCUACUCUUUUUCUGAAA